AUGCGAUCAUUUCUCCACACACAUGUCUUUUAUCUGCUGGCAUCGGCUGCCCUCCCGGCCACAUCUGCCACGCAGCAUUGCAAAGCUUCGCCGGGAGACUCGACUUGGCCAUCCAUCAAUGAGUGGAAUGCCCUGAAUCAAUCCAUCCAUGGCACCCUCAUCAGGACGGCGCCUGCUGCUUCGUCCUGCUACCCGGGCAAUCCGUUCGGGUCCCCCGAAAACUGCACGAACGUGAAAAGUCACUGGUCAUACGCCGCAUAUCAUGCUAUGUGGCCUGAAAGCGUUGAUUACUCCAUCUAUGCGAACAACUCGUGCUUGCCACCUGGAGUUGAUGGAUACUCGAAGGAGAAGGGAUGCAGUAUUGGUGGUUUGCCACAGUACAUUGUGAAUGCCACAACUGAGCGGGAUGUUGCUACUGCAAUGAAAUGGGCUUCCGACCGAAACAUUCGCAUUACCGUGAAAGGAACUGGACAUGACCUAGGCGGCCGUUCCACGGGCGCCUAUGCACUUUCUAUCUGGACACAUAAUCUCAAGCAUAUCGAAAGGAAAUCGAACUGGCGGCUACCGGGGGCCAAUAGUACCGCCGAUGUGGUAGUGUGUGGGAGUGGAAACAACUGGGGUUCAGUCUAUACCGCCGUGCACAAGAUGAAUCGAACAGUCGUGGGUGGUGAGGAUGCCACCGUCGGUCUCGGAGGCCUAAUCCAAAACGGAGGACAUGGCCUGCUUUCGAGUCACUACGGUCUCGCGUCUGACCAGGUAUACCAAGUCACCGUGAUAACUCCUAACGGCCAACGCCUCGUCGCGAAUGAUAUCCAGAAUCAGGAUAUUUUCUGGGCUGUUCGUGGUGCUGGUGGAGGCCAGUACGGGGUAGUGACCGAAUUUGUUCUCAGGACACAUCCUGUGCCUGCAAACGUCGUGGCCGGUGGGUUGUCAUUCUAUCCUAGCCAGAACUCAAAGGCUAGCGAAAUCGCCUCAUGGGAUGCGUUGGCUGAAGUGUCGGCUCGCAUACCCGACCUGAUGGAUGUCGGUUUCACGGGCACUGUGAUGGGCCUGACCGAGAAAAACGCAGUAAAAUAUCUUGGGCUGAAAGAAGUGCUGCCUGGUGCCUCGGCUAUUAUCAGCUUGACUGGCUUCAAUAUGACUGUCCAAAGGAUGAAUGAUACUCUGAACAAAUUGGCUGCCCGAUUCGACUCCGACCAUGUGAACAUUACCUUCCAACCACUUUCUUCGAAGAGCUACUGGUCCUCUACAAAGCCGAACCCAUUGGCCAGCGCGUCAUCUGGCGCCGUCAGCCUGAUGACUAGCCAUCUUCUAGGCAGACGCGAGCUUUCCGAUAUCCCCAAAGAGAGCCUCGUAACCUAUCUCCAAGAGAUUAUGGCCUCCCACAAGCCUAAUGCAGGCUCCAUGUUGUUGUUCGGACUACAGGGUGGAAAGGGAACUGCUCAUGUUCCCGAGUCAAGACAUGGAAGUGUGCUUCCCGCCUGGCGUUCGGCAUAUGCUCACACUAUGGCCUAUGGUGUCUCGGUGAAUGCCACGGGUGAUCCGAGCCAGUCAUUGAAGGCAGGAGCAGAGUGGUUGAAUACCGCCUUGGAACCCGUUUGGCAGAAGUGGGCACCUGAGAGUGGCUCAUAUAUGAAUGAGGGCAAUCCUUUCAGCAGCAACUGGAAGCAUGACUUCUAUGGAGAUAACUAUAACCGCCUUCUGGAGAUCAAGCGCAAGUAUGACCCGCAGGGCAGCCUUUUUGUCUGGAGUGGAGUUGGAAGCGAUGAGUGGAAUUACGACUUGAACAGUGGCCUGUUGUGUCGCGUUUAG